AUGAAGAAUUUAUUGAAGUAAUUACAUUCAUAAAUUGGCUAAAAUCAAUAUAUUUAUAAAUAUAAAGUUAUUAUAAGAAGAAAUCACGAUAUAUUUUUAGACACUGAGAAAUAUGAAAAAGUAGUAAAUUCUUCUUUAGUUAUAGAAGGAUAUAAGAUUUGGGGAAGUUCAUAUUCACAAAUAAUUGCUUAUAAUCCAUGGGCAUUUUAAGUUGAUACAAAUGAUGGUGAAUAAUUUUAGAAAUUGUUUUCACGCGUAUGGAGCUCCAUUAGGUCCCUUGUUAAAAAAUUAUUAAUAAACCUACUGAGGGAGAAUGGGGAGAUGAAGCAUUAGCAAAAAGAUUUAAAGAAGUGA